AGGUCAGUACUGUUCUCUCUAGACCCUGAAGAAUCAACAUGCGCUGUUGUGUAAAGCUGCCCAAGGUUUAAUCACCUGAAAAAGUUAAAAACAUUUAUUUUCUUUUUUUUUUAAACCUUGGACCCUGAGAGAAAAUAAUACUGGCAGCAUAUCUGGUUGUGGGAAAGACAGCAAGAAGGUUUCACCGUAUAAUUUCUACAGUUUUAAGAGCUUUUGAGACACUGGGGGUAAUAGUAGAAAAUGUUCCAUGUAUUUCACUUCACUGUCAUGAUGGGGUUGAUCCUCUUGGGCCAAUGCUCACAUGAGCAGGAGUGCUCUGGCUCACAGCUGCGCAUUUGUGAGGAGUGUAUCGCUUCCAGUCCUGGCUGUGCCUGGUGUAAAGAUAAGGGCUUUGAUGAGAUGGUUCGAGCGCCUGCUCACUGUGACACGCACGCAAACCUGCGGAAGAAAGGUUGCCAAGAGCGGGACAUCAUAGACCCAGAGAGCCGCCACUCAGUCACUCACCUGUCUGGAAGAGAGGGCAGGAGGGCCCAUCUGAGCCCACAAAAUAUGAGUCUAGAGCUGCGGCCAGGGAGACCCCUGACAUUUGAGCUGCAGGUGAAGAGGCCAAAGAAAAGCCCGGUGGAGGUGUACUACCUGACGUCGUUCUCAUUUGUUGCAAAGCACAGCGCUCUCAGAGGGAUGUACCUGGGGGGGCAGGUGGUCAGUGCUGUGCAGGAGGUCAACCCAGAGGCACACGGCAUAGGAUUUGGGCUCUUUGGAGAUCAGAAAAGUGGGUGUGGAGAAGGUGAACUAGGGUGCAAGAAGGUUUUCAGCUUUUCACACUUCCCCAGUCUGGAACCCCCAGCUGACGCCUCCAAAUCUGGUACCCCUGACCCACUGGCCUCCUCUGAUGCUGGGCUGCAGGCCCUUUUGCAGGCUGUAGUGUGUGGGGACCUGAUUGGUUGGGGGGAGGGUACCCGCCUGCUGGUCUAUGUGUCUGACCACGGCUUCAGUGCUGCCAACCAAACUCCAGAUAACAGUACAGCUGAAGACAGGGGGCGCUGUCACCUGACAGAGGGCCAGCAACACUUCAGCCACCAGCUGGACUACCCCCCUGUGGCCGAGCUUGCAUACAAAUUAACAGAGAACAACAUUCAGGUCCUUUUUGCUGUCACUAAGGACGUGGCUGAAAAAUACAAGGAGUUCAGUGACCUGCUCCCCAAAUCCACUGUAACAGUUCUUCCCUCGGACCUCCGCAACAUCAAGGCCGUCAUCACAGAUGCUUACAGAGCGCUAUCGUCCACACUGGUGGUGAGUCACACGCACGUUGCAGGGCUGAAGGUCUCGUACAGCUCAGAGUGCGAUGGGGAGCAGGAGAGUUCGGUCCGCGGGGCCUGCAGCAUCCCUGAGAAAAGCAGGAAGUUCUCUCUGAACGUGACAGUCUCCUCCGACUCCUGCCUGGAGCCCCAGGCCCUCCACCUCCAGCUGCUGGGCUCCCAAGACAGGCUGCCAGUGGAGCUGAAAUCCACCUGCCACUGCCAGUGUGGGGACGCCCCCGACCCACGUUUCUGCAGCGAUUCUGGAAAUCUCCGCUGUGGCGUCUGCAGCUGUGACCCUGGCCACUUUGGGGAAAUGUGUGAGUGCUCCACGGACCAGAGUGAUGCCCCCUGCAGGAAAACAGAGGGAAGCCCAGUGUGUUCAGGGCGAGGAUCCUGUGUGUGUGGGGAUUGCGAAUGUCAGACCAGGAGCAACCCGGCCGAGAGGAUUUUCGGUCAAUUCUGUGAAUGUGACAACUUCAGCUGUGAUUAUCACAAUGGCAUAGUCUGUGGAGGACAUGGCCGCUGUGUGUGUGGAAGCUGCUUCUGUGAUGAGGGGUUCGUGGGCGCAGCCUGCGACUGUUCAACAGCGGUCGAUCAGUGCAAGAGCCCCGAUGGGUCACUGUGCAGUAACCGUGGCAGCUGCCAGUGCAACAUCUGCAAGUGCGAAGAUCCUUACCAUGGACCCCUCUGCGACACUUGCCCCACCUGCCAGAACGACUGCGGCGCAGUGGCUCCCUGUGCAGAGUGUUUGGUCUCUGGGUCCGGCAGGGAGAACUGCCUGACCAAAUGUGCCAACAUCCAGCACACCAUGGUAGACAUUCUGUCUACAGGCAGACUGUGCCGUAUGAGAGAUGCACAGCACUGCGUUAUGUCCUACUCAAUUUUCAAAGUGGGAGGGACCAACAGCUAUGAGGCUCAAAUCAAAAUGCAGCGAGAGUGUUGAACAAUACCAUGAGGACUCCUUUAUGGCUCAGCAUCCACCUGACAUGGCAUCAAUAUGAAGUCACAAAUGCAAUAUUUUCACAAAACCUUCAAAACCAUGAUCUAACAAGCAACCAUCUCUUUGAAGACCAAAAGCUGCAACACAACGUUUUCAUAUAAUUAAUAAUAAUUCAUAAUUAAUAAUGAAAUAAUUGCUAGACUAGAGACUUGACUUUUGACUAUGUGAGACUAAGUGGUCCUGCAGUGUGUCUCCCCCCAAAGUUGAAAUGAUACCUACCCCUCUGCCCAAACAUUUCCCUUAAACACACCCCCCCCCCCCCACCAUCUGACCAGUAAUUUCUGUCUUAGUUUUGACUAUACUAGAGAGUCGUUGAGUGCAAGAGGUUUUCAGGUCUCUGAGUUUCUCAACCCAGAAAUACAGCUUUGCUAUGUUUCCAGCAACACAUUGUGAGUGCUCAACGGACAAGGCCCUAAAAUUCAAAUUUGUAAAUUCACAUGUAUUCACUCUGGCAGUCAGUCAAGUAAUACUCUACAGUACAGUCCAACAGUUAGAGUGUACGAAGUUAGUUUUUAAGACACUGACAACUCGGUUUCAGUUAGUCUUCUUUUGUCUUUAAUGUCCUAAUGUCACAUGUUUAUGAGAUUUAAGGGGAUAGUUCACUUCCUGUGUUUUUUUAUCGUUUUUUUUUUUUUUUUUGUCAGUUUUAGUGUAUGUGUUUGAUCAGCAGACAGGUAUUCCGUGGAUAUGAAGGAUAUUUAUGGGAAGUUUCUGACAGCCUUCUGGCUGUACACUGGUUGUUACUGGGGCAUUCAGGGGUUUGUAGUUUAAACAGAGAAAAUACACUUAGGUCAUUCCAAAGCAAUUUAUACAGCAAUGGUAUGCCUCCAGUGGUCAUAUCUAUGCACAUUACCAAAUUAUCCUUAAAAAACUAAGUUUAAUAUCUUUAGUUAGAACCAUUACCUACGCCACAUGCAACUCAAGAUACAGGCACUGUGCAAAAAUUGAUAUCUGUGCUCAUAAUUGUGGAUAAAUGCUAGAAAAAAAUCUUUUCACAUGUACAGCUUCUGGAAACAUAACAUCGGUGUACGAGCUGAUUUGGAGUGUUUUAUUUAUUUAGACCACAAAUACCUGAAUGGCUCAGUACCUAAUAUAAAGCAGGUUGUAUUCAAAAUAUGCCUUUGCACACAAAAACUGAGCCAGUCAAGGACAUGCAGUACAUAGAAAUAAUAUAAAAAAUUCUGAAAAGUAAACUAUCCCUUCUAUAGUGAUUAGUAGUUAAUAAAAAUACAAUAUUUACAGCUACACGAAAAACAAUGUACACACUGGAUGGUAUAGUGGCCUGUACACGUCUUCAUAAGGCAGUUACUGUUUUAAUCAGAUACAGCAUGUGUAAUAUGGAUUAAACUCUGACGUUCUUCAUCACCAUUAAAACACAUCAGAAAACAGACUACUACCAAAUUAGUUUAUCAUGUGGCAUAUGCAUAUCAUUUUAAUGUUGAAUUGUUAGUAGUUGAAAUUGCUUUUACUCUGGAAAAUGCAUUGUGAAUAACAGCACCAAUGUUUGCUUUCCAAUAUUAAAUUCAUUAAUACAUUUCUUUUUUUAAUGAUAUCACAUGCCCAAAACAGUACCUAAAGUCAACUAUGAUGACAUUCUUCAGAUCAAAUUUUAUUGAUUUAUUUUUAUUUGUUUACUUUUUGUUGUUGAGUAACUUACAUUUUGUUAAUGUUAUUGAAACAUUGAGGUCUGUAAGGUUGGACACAGGUAAACAGAUUCUUUGCAAAGGGCACGUUUACCCAACUCUGGUUCAAGUAACACUGUGUUCCAGCCACAGCUCUUCCUGUUUCCUGUAUUUCAUAUUUUAUAAACAUUCAGGCAAAUCUUUUUGAGAAUGAUGCUUGUUUGAUUAAAUCUGAGGGAAUAUCUAACAAUCAAACACUAACAAUGUUAUACCUACCUAAUUAGACUUGAAUACUUAGAGUCAGAUGCUCCACAAAGUACCAUUCCAUAUGGGAGGGAAAGAGCAUCAAAUUAUGGCUUGGUGGGGCAUGCCCCAUACCUAUACGGGACCAAAGGUUUGGCACUUUUCAGGGUUUCCUACAGAAAUGACCACAAUGACCACAGAUUCUCAGUCUUUAAGAACAUUAACUUCUGUACUUUCUGAUCUCAUGUAUAAACACAGAAUUCAGAUAGAGCUUCACACAGCCACAUAAUAAAGCUCCAAACUUCCUUAAUUUGCAUUUUCUUUUUUAGGCCAAAUCUCAUAAUAAAUGAUCCAGUCCCACAAUCCAUAAUUCUCCUCAUUGGACAUUUAGCUACAUCUGCCAAUAACAACAUCUGACCAAAGCAGGCAGAGGUACACUACAUGGCCAAAAGUGUGUGGACGCUGAACAUCUCAUCCAAGACUAUGGGCUUUAUUAUGAAGUUGGUCCAACCUUUGCUGCUAUAACAACCUCCACUCUUCUGGGAAGUGGACAUGAAAUUGAGGAAACAAUGGGUAGCAUUGCUUUGGAAUAUAGCCUAUUUAAAUGAGCUAAGCUAGUCAAUAUUGUGUAACUUGACCUCAUUUUGUUAGCAAUACUUUUAACGGCAGAUUAAAAGCAUUAAAGUAUUUGACAGAGAUUUUGCACAUUUUAAUUUAUGACUUAUAGACAGUGUUUUGUAUGCCUGAGUAACUUGGCAUUUUUGUACAUUGAAAAUUCUUUUUGUUGAGACAACAAAUACACCAGUGUUACAAAUAAAGACGUGAGGAGUUUCCGAAUUGU